AUGUCAGGCCUCUACAGCCAGGGCUUCUCCCCUGCAAGAACCCUCUCCCCCCAGAUUAGGAGCAACCCCGACGCUGACAGCCAGUACUUGGCCGAGCUUCUCGCGGAGCACCAGAAGCUGGGGCCCUUCAUGCAGGUGCUGCCCAUAUGCAGCCGGUUGCUCAACCAAGAAAUCAUGCGGGUAUCAAGCAUGGUUCAUGACCAUGGAUUUAGUGAUCUUGACAGGCGCCGGUUUAGAAGCCCUAGUCCUAUGUCUUCACCAAUUGUCCGGCCUAAUCUACAUGGCAAUGGAUUUGGUCCUUGGAAUGGGAUGCACCAAGAGAGAUUGGGCCUUCCUCCUCCUGGAACAAGUAUGGAUUGGCAAGGAGCACCACCUAGUCCUGGCUCUUAUAUUGUCAAGAAGAUCGUACGCUUGGAAGUUCCCGUCGACUCUUACCCUAAUUUCAACUUUGUGGGGCGCAUUCUAGGCCCAAGGGGUAAUUCUCUAAAGCGAGUCGAAGCAUCAACUGGCUGCCGUGUUUUUAUUAGAGGAAAGGGUUCCAUCAAAGACACAGAAAAGGAGGAGAAGCUUAAAGGAAAACCUGGGUAUGAACAUCUGAAUGAGCCACUGCAUAUAUUGAUCGAGGCUGAGUUACCAGCAAAUGUCAUUGAUACAAGACUGAGACAGGCACAAGAAGUCAUGGAAGAAUUGCUAAAGCCAGUGCUCUCGCUCUCAGCCAUGGAGGAAUUGUCGCUCUCGGACGCACUUCUAUCUCUGCCCAUCACUUCCAUUACGGCAUCGCUCAGCCCCUCACUGCCACCGGCACUAGACUCGGCCACCUCGCCAGAGUUCCUUCGUGGCCUCAUUUGGGUUCUAGACUCCGAGGAUGAGGCUAAUGAGGAUGUGCUUGUGGCCGAGAUCGACGAAGUGGUUGCCGCAGCCGAGAUCGAUGAAGCAGUUGCCGGGGCCGAAACCAAGCUUGUCGUCGCGGCUGAGAUCGACGAAGCAAUUGCCGGGGCCGAAACUAGCAACGGUAAAGAUGCAUUAGACCAUGAGGAGUGGCGCCGUCGUCGACGUCAUUGGGAUUCCGUGCUCUCGUUGUGGUCUCAUACACGGGGAGUAUACGUUAGGAGCUUGGAUUUGUGGCUUCAAGGAGUUUUACUGCUGAGGACCCGUCAUGCGCCCGGGGACGCCGGUUGUAGACAAGCCGAAUGUCCCGAGCUGGUGGAGCGGCGUGAACAACAGCUGGAGCCGGGGCAGCCGUUGGAGGAGCAGCAGGUGGUGGAUCGGGAGGUGGAAGAAAGCAAAGAAUCUGGGACCGUGAAACAAGAUCGCGGGGUUGUCGGGUCAGCUCCUCAAUGA